AUGGAGAAGUCAUGGAGAUUGUGGGGGGCUCUUGAGCGGUGUGUGCUGACCGUGGGCUCUUGGUCCUGGGGAGUGUGCCGAAUCUUCCUGUUGACUUUUAUCCUCAAGUUCUGUCAGUACAAACAUUUCCUACUUCGAGGUCUCAUCCUGGCUAUUGCUGGCUGUUGCUCUAUUCUUGGAAUCCUUUACAUGAUCCAGGAUGCACUGCUUUAUGUCCCUGACCUGCCUUCAUCCUCUCGCCUGUAUGUUCCCAUGCCGACGGGAGUCCCUCACGAGAAUGUGUACGUGCGCACCAAAGACGGGGUGCGGCUUAAUCUCAUCCUGCUCCGCUACACGGGCGACAACCCCACCACCGCCCCCACCAUCCUGUAUUUCCAUGGCAACGCAGGGAACAUUGGUCACCGUGUGCCCAAUGCUCGGCUCAUGUCGGUCAACCUGAAAUCCAAUGUGGUCCUCGUGGAUUAUCGCGGUUACGGGAAAAGCGAUGGCGAGCCCAGCGAGGAGGGACUCUACAAAGAUGCCGAGGCAACGCUGGACUACAUCAUGACCCGACCCGACAUCGACAAGACCAAGAUAGUGUUGUUUGGUAGAUCUCUGGGAGGCGCGGUGGCCAUUCGGCUAGCCUCGGUCAACCCUCACCGUGUGGCUGCCAUCAUGGUGGAGAACACAUUCUUAAGUAUCCCACAUAUGGCUGCCACCCUCUUCCCUUUCUUCCCCAUGAGGUAUUUGCCACCUUGGUUCUAUAAAAACAAGUUCUUGUCCUACAGACAGGUGGUGCUGUGUCAAAUGCCCUCCCUUUUUAUCUCAGGCUUGUCAGAUAAAAUCGUACCCCCUGUAAUGAUGAGGCAGCUCUACGAGCUGUCUCCAUCGCAGACUAAACAUCUGGCCACCUUCCCAGAAGGGACCCACAAUGAUACUUGGAAGUGCCAGGGGUACUUUGCGGCAUUGGAGCAGUUUAUGAAAGACCUGCUGAAGAAUCACACACGAGAAGAGACAGUCCAGGUCGCUGCCAGUGUCACCAUUGUCUAACCCCCA